AUGGCAUUCAAAAUAUCGCGCUCUCGGCGCUUGACUGCUGUUAUUGGAAUUGCUUCGAUCUUUUUUGUCGCCGAAAUCUCAGUUGGAUUCUAUACACAUUCUAUAGCCCUGGUUGCCGAUGCCUUCCACUAUCUUAAUGACCUGGUCGGAUUCGUUGUGGCGUUGGUGGCCCUCAAGGUAUCGGAGAAGAAUGAGUGGCCAGCGUCGCUAUCCUUCGGAUGGCAACGAGCACAAUUAUUAGGCGCCUUCUUCAAUGGCGCACUUCUCUUCGCCCUUGGCAUCAGCGUCUUCCUUCAGUCCAUCGAGCGUUUCAUAACUCUACAACGUGUGGAAGACCCCAAACUCAUGCUCAUUAUGGGAUCCAUCGGGCUCGGCCUUAAUCUCAUCAGUGCCAUAUUUCUUCACGUCGCCCAUGGACAUGACCUUGGGAUGAUGGGCGUCUUGAUCCAUGUCAUUGGGGAUGCCAUUAACAACAUCGGUGUUAUGGCGGCCGCUUUGGUCAUUUGGCUGACACAUUACGAAGGACGAUAUUAUGCGGACCCGGGAACCAGCAUGGGCAUCGCUAUUAUGAUCAUGUUAUCCUCGAUUCCAUUAGUGCGCCGAUCAGGGCAUAUCUUGUUGGAAAGUUCCCCAGAUGGGGUCGAUCCCGCGGAUGUCAAGCACGAUUUAGAAACGAUUCCCGGGGUGCUGUCCAUCCACGAACUCCACAUCUGGCGCCUCAACCAGCAGAAGACUCUUGCAUCGGUUCAUGUCGUUGUGUCCGAUCCUUCCGUGCCUCACUUUUUGAAGCUGACCAAGAUUAUCAACGAAUGCUUUCACGCGUAUGGGAUUCACUCGGCAACCCUGCAGCCAGAAAUUGCACCGCCGGGGGAAGUGAUUAUGGUCGGACAGGAAGCGGAGAAGGUGGAAACGGUGAUAGAGACGAAGAUGCCCGAGAAAUGUCAAAUCGUCUGUGGGGAGCUGUGCACGCCGUGGGAAUUGCAAGCUCGGAAAGCCCGAGAUAUUCUCCAACAAUCUAUCCCGGCUCAAUGGCUGCUUCCUAGCGAUCAACUGCCUCCCGCAAGCCAGAAAAAUGUCGAAGACUUUCCUCGAAGGAGCGGUCUUCUCAACGACCGGGAGCUCGACAUUACUAACAAGACCGCGAUUGCUCUUGUGGCAGAUAUGAAAGCCGGCAUCCUUAGCGCAGAGGAGGUGGUGAUCGCCUUUUUAAAGCGUGCCGUCUUAGGACAUCAACUGCUCAAUUUUGCCACCGAAUUCAUGACAGAAAAGGCCAUAUCGCGAGCUAAAGAGCUGGAUGAAUACAGGCAACGUACGGGAAAAAUCAUAGGGCCGCUACAUGGAGUCCCGAUCAGUGUGAAAGAACACAUAGGAUUCAAGGGCCGCACAUGCAAUGGCGGCUACGUGGCAUUGGUGGGCAACAUAGCAGCGCAGGACGCACUUCUAUUACAGAUCCUAGAGAAGGCGGGGGCUGUGUUCCACGUCCGAACGAAUCAGCCCCAAUCUCUAAUGCAUCUCUGCUGCAGCAACAACGUUACCGGAACCACAGUAAAUCUAUACAACCGCACCCUCAGCCCCGGCGGCUCCUCAGGUGGCGAGGGGGCUUCGAUGGGAUUCAAAUGCGCACCCCUCGGUAUCGGGUCAGACAUUGGGGGUUCGAUCCGAGCCCCUGCUGCAUUCUGCGGAGCCUACGGAUUCCGGCCCACGACGCACCGGAUCCCGGGCACGGGGGUCUUCAUCCCGGGUCCUGGUCAAGAGUCCAUUCUCGGCGUCGUUGGCCCUCUUGCAAGUCAGAGUAUUGAGGACUUAGAGCUAUUCCAGCGGGUAGUGAUUGACCAGGAACCAUGGGAUAUUGAGACUUCCCUGGCUCCGAUCCCUUGGAGACGGGCGACACCGAGCAGGGACAUGACAGUCGCGAUCAUGUGGGAUGAUGGAUGCGUUCGCCCGCAUCCGCCGGUAACGCGUGCCCUGAAGCAUGCCAAAGGGCAGCUCCAGGCAGCAGGCAUCAGGGUCGUUGACUGGGAGCCCUACAAACAUGCCCAUGGCUGGAACAUCGUGUCAUCCCUCUACUUCCCCGACGCAGCCGCCGGCCAGCGCGCCCUCCUCGCCCGAUCCGGAGAACCGAUCCUGCCCCUGACCGAAUGUGCCUUCCGCUACAGCAGCGACAAGCCGCUGACGAUAGGCGAGAACUGGGCCCUCAAUGCCGCGCGAGAUCAAUAUCGGGACGAGUAUCACGCUCUCAUGAAAUCCCGCGGGGUGGACUUCAUCCUGAGCCCGGCAUACGUGGGCACCGCCUCCGUUUUGGGUGAGUCGGAGUACUGGAAUUACACGGCGAUUUGGAAUAUCCUGGAUCAGCCCGCGGCGGUAUUUCCGAGUGGGUUGGUGGUCGAUCCGGUGUUGGAUCCGGUUGAUACGAGUUACUCACCAAGGGACGCGAUUGACGCUCGUGAGUGGCGGAAAUACAGUCCCGAAAGGUACGAGGGGGCACCAGUGGGACUCCAGUUGACGGGUAAACAUUUCAAGGAUGAAGAGACGUUGGCUGCUUCAGGGUUGAUCUCAAGAGUUAUUCAAGGUCAGGAGGUGAUGUCCAAGCUCUGA